GCGUAGUGACAGCUUAGCAGGGCACGCGGAGGAUAUAUAAGCUUAAUCGAGGUUAAUGUCAGUAUUCUCUGGACAGAGUCGGCGAGAUCACACAGCUUUUACCCAGAAAACGAUGUUUUCGUAAUGGAUACAAAUGUGAUGACCAUGCCUGAGCCCGGAGAAUAUCAGAAUGGCCAUAAGGACAUGGACCCAAAGGACAGUGACUACGAGCCUCUUCUCAGUCUGAACAAAAAGCGAUUCGUCAUCUUUCCCAUUCAGUAUCCAGACAUGUGGAAGAUGUACAAACAAGCCCAGGCCUCGUUCUGGACAGUUGAAGAGGUGGAUUUAUCAAAAGAUCUGGCUCACUGGGAAAAACUGAAACCUGAGGAGAAACACUUUAUAUCUCAUGUCUUGGCCUUCUUUGCAGCGAGUGAUGGCAUCGUCAAUGAGAACUUGGUGCAGAGGUUCAGUCAGGAGGUGCAGGUUCCAGAGGCUCGCUCUUUCUAUGGCUUCCAGAUCCUCAUUGAGAAUGUGCACUCGGAGAUGUACAGCCUGCUGAUUAACACAUACAUCAGAGACCUAAAGGAGAGAGACCAUUUAUUUAAUGCCAUUGAAACCUUGCCUUGUGUGAAAAAAAAAGCUGACUGGGCUCUGCAGUGGAUCUCGGACACAAACUCUACAUUCGGGGAGAGAUUAGUAGCGUUUGCAGCUGUUGAAGGGAUCUUUUUCUCAGGAUCAUUUGCUGCCAUCUUCUGGUUGAAGAAAAGAGGUCUGAUGCCUGGACUCACCUACUCCAAUGAGCUCAUCAGCAGAGAUGAGGGUUUGCACUGUAAUUUUGCGUGCCUUUUAUACAGCCACUUGGUGAAAAAGCCAUCAGAUGACCGAGUGAAGGACAUUAUCACGAAAGCGGUUAGCAUUGAACAGGAAUUUCUGACGGAGGCUUUACCAGUUGACCUCAUUGGGAUUAACAGCUCUUUGAUGAAGCAAUACAUCAUGUUUGUGGCUGACCGCUUGUUAACAGACUUGGGAAUACCUAAAGUAUAUGAUGCAGAAAACCCAUUCGAUUUCAUGGAGUUCAUCUCACUGGAGGGAAAAACCAACUUCUUUGAGAAGCGUGUGGCUGAGUACCAGCGAUUUGGAGUGAUGACAAGUGGAAUAGACUCUGAAUUUACUCUCGAUGCAGAUUUUUAAAGCUUUAUACUGCUCAAAGCAGUAAACUACUAGAAAGAAUCUACCUGAGGAAAAUGAAAGUAUUUUACAGAAUAUGGUACAAUUUUUUUUUUUUACAAGCAAACUUCAGUACACAGCAAAAAUCAAUAGCAUCUUCUUUUAUUUAUUUUCUGUAUUCUAAUAUGUUUUUACUUAAUUGUUUCUAAACCGAUGAAAAAUGUAUUAAUGUGUGACGAUAAAUACAUAAAGAAAACAAAACCAUAAGCUGUAUGUAACGGUUCAUCUAAUGAAACAGUAAUUCUAUUUUUAUUAUUAAUUUGUUAUAUUAUAUUUAAGAAUACUGACAAAAGGGUAUUUUUUAAGGGUACAUUUUGUAAACCGCCCCAGUAUAUUGUUCAGAACAUGUCUAAUUUGGUUGAUGCUUGUCAGUGUUACAUGAAAAUAAUGUAAUACUUGAGUGCAGAAACACCUUAAUGUUUACAGAACAAAUACUGUCCUCGAUGUUUUACAGGACAAACCUAGGUUCUUUUGAAAAGGGUUUUAUUUCCUUUAUGGUACUGUUACAUAGUUUUCAGCAACGGUUUGCGAAUCAUUAAAUAAAGAUUUGUAGAAAAUCUUUGAUCAUAAAUGCCUCCUUUUUUCCUAUUUGUUUUUUUUUUUUACACUGGCUCAGUAGCUUACACUAUAUCACCAAAAGUUUUGGAAUGUCUGCCUUUACAUGCACAUGAAUUUAAUACAGAUUUAGCCCACCCUUUGCAGCUAUAACAGCUUCAACUCUUCUGCGAAGGCUUUCCACAAGGUUUAGGAGUGUGUUUAUGGGAAUUUUUGUCCACUCCACUAAAAGCGCAUAUGGGAGGUCAGGCACUGAUGUUGGACGAGAAGGUCUGGCUCACAGUCUCUGUUCUAAUUCAUCCCAGGUGUUCUAUCAGGUUGAGGUCAGGACUCAAGGUCAAGUGCAGGCCAGUCAAGUUCCUCCACACCAAACUCACUCAUCCAUGUCUUUAUGGACCUUGCUUUGUCCACUAGUGUGCAGUCAUGUUGGAACAGGAAGGGGUCAUCCCCAAACUGUUCCCAUAAAGUUGGGAGCAUGAAAUUGUCCAAACUGUCUUGGAAUGCUGAAGCAUUAAGAGUUCCUUUCACUGGAACUAAGGGGCCAAGACCAACACCAGAAAACACUUGAAUUCAAUGAUUUUGAGGGGUGUCCC